AAGGCUGGGGUUUGCACGUCAGUAAGAGCCCAACCCGAGUCUGGAAGGCAAAGGGCGCCCCUCUGGUGAACGGGGUUGCCCGGAGCUGUGCCGGGGAUUUCGAAAGCGGAGAGGAGUUUUUUGCACGGUGCAUUUUUCCUCUGGUUUGUGUGUUUCAUUGCGGGGGGGAGGUGCUGCGGGACCUGGGAGAUAUGGGAAAGCCCAGUGUGUGCGCGAAGGACACAACGUGAGCUGACAGCGAGGAACCUCCGGGAUAUCCGUCACUCCGAGUUGUUUUGAUGGUGUUUGGUCAGUGCCUGGCGGCCUUUCCGCCAUCUCUCUCCUCCUCUUCAUUUUGGUGAGGCUGGAACAUGCCACGUCGGAAACAGGUUAAUCCUAAACCUUUGAGAGGACAACCAAAGGCAGCAGGAACUAAUCGUAGGGGGAGAGGCCAUCUGAAUGUUGUAACCCCAGUGUUGGAGAUGGUGUUGGGCAUUAUUGGAACAGUCAUCGCUGAGUCCAUGGCCAGAGGUACCUCCAUAGAUGCAAGACACUCUCCAGCAUAUUGUCCAAACAAAAUUCAAGAAGCGCAAAAAGAACUGCAGGUUACUGAAGGUGCCCAAAAAAAUUUGCAACUUCUUGAAGACACAAAAAAAGUAGAAUCCCAUGACUCUCGACGAAAAGGAAAACCAAAUGCAGUUAAAGGGGUAAAGCGGAAGAAAAUUGUGACUGAAAAUGUGACAAAGAAAAUCCCCAAAUCACCCGUGAAAACUCCAUUAAAGUUAUGUAACGAUCAACAAAAUGAGGAGGCUGCCUUUUCCGUUGAUGGUAUUCCAACUAUUUCUACACUAUUAGAAAAGGAACACUUGCUUAUACAAAAUGGGGGACUUGAGAGAGAAAGAGAAAUUGAGCAAGAAUGUUCACAAGACCUAAACCUUGUAUAUGAGGCAACGAAAGUUAGAACUGGUAGGUCAACGCAGAGAACAUUUGUGACAACGCAGCACUCAGUUGAGCCAUCUAACAGAUCCUCAAAUUGGGGAGCUCAACAACCAGAAACGGAUGCUACAUUAAAAUUGCUAGUGUCAGAAAAAUCUCCGUCACUAUCCUACAAGCAUCCGCAGCAUCAGAUUCAACAUCUUUCUUUACUACGUGAACAUUGGAUCGUUAAAGCCGAGAGCAAUAGCUGCAGUCCAAAUGGGAGCUCUCCUUAUACGAGUACUGCUUUUGAUGUUUUAUUGAAAGCCAUGGAACCAGAGCUAAAAACUCUUUCAAAGGUAAAAUUUUCUGUAGCUGAGCCAGAGUCAAGAAAAUUAGACAUUACUCUUGGAACCCAGGGACAAGAGUCAAGUGGAAUAACAACAGUUACUGCACAGACCCUAAUUCAAACUUCAGUAUGUAAAUCUGAAUUUCCUGCAGCCCCACAGUACUAUUCAAAUGUUAAUCAGAUUGUGCCCAAAUCAGGAGAGAGAGAGCAACUAGAGGAUCAGGCUACAUCUCACUUACACUACCAGCAAACUCAACUAGUUUCACAAGCUGCACAACAAAAUAUACACAAUGCCUUAUCUCAGAGGUUUAACGGAUCACCAACACACCAGCAGAGCCAAGAAAAACACCGCUUUCAGCCAACGUACAACUUAACCAUGACUUCUAUAGCUCAUUCUCAGAACCCUGUUAUGUCACAUGGAUUGCAUCAAAGUCAGCUUGUGAUCCAUCCAAAUCAGUCAGUGGCUGCUAAUCUGCCUAAUAGUGUUCAAAUUGGACCUGAUUAUAAACAGCUCCAUGUGACAUCAUUUGUCAACUCUGCGACAGACCAAGUGUCUGAUAUUCUACUUAAGGACCAGAAACCUAAAAAGCAAGGGAAAUAUAUUUGUGAGUAUUGUAACCGAGCUUGUGCAAAACCUAGUGUUCUCCAAAAACACAUUCGAUCACAUACUGGUGAACGACCCUACCCUUGUGUUACAUGUGGGUUUUCAUUUAAGACUAAAAGUAAUUUAUAUAAGCACAAAAAAUCCCAUGCACAUGCUAUCAAACUUGGCCUUGUUUUGAGAUCAGAGAGCAGCAGUACAUCCAUGUCACAGGAAUCUGACCGAGCACUUAGUAAUCAUUCAGAUGUAGAGGAAAGUGGUGAAAGUGAGGCUGAAUCUACACCUGAAGAAAAAUGUUUUGAUCAAAAGCACUUUGAACUGGAAGCUGCGCAAAUAGCUGUCAAUGUGCCCUAUUCAGAAACGCCAAUGUUUCCUAGGAGUCUCAAGUCACCUGACAAAUUAGUAAAUAAAACCGUUGGUUAUGACACUUAUGAACGUGCUAGCCUGCAUAAAUCCUCUGAGCCAAAAGUUACAGCUGCUUUACCCAAAGUCGUGGUCUACCCUGUGAACAUUUCCCCCUUAAGGGCAGAUAGUCCAAAGCUGACAGGCACAGUUCCAGAACUAGCCACUGGAGAGCGGCAAACAAAUCCACACACUGCUAAAAUGGAGUCAACAUCUGCUUGGAUGUCCUCACUGAAGAAGCAAAAUCCUGAGCACAAGCAGCAAGUAGAAAUUAACCCAGAAGAAGAAGAAAAACUCCAGUCAGUAACUGCACAUGCACAGCUUCAAAGACAGCAGGCCACUGAUUUUUGUCAGCAGCAAGGGAAGUACCAUUUGAGCCCACGAAGUUUAGGGAGCACAGACUCUGGGUAUUUUUCUCGUUCAGAGAGUGCAGAUCAGCAGAUGAGUCCACUAAGUCCUUACAUUAAAUCAGUGUCCACUACCGAAGUUGAUCCCAUCAAGUGCAGUUUACCUUGUCCACCUCAUAACAACCAAGUUAUGGCCACUGUUUUAGAGGUGAGCUCAACUGACAGGCCAUCAAAAUUAACAACUGCUGUUCGUACUCCGAUAGCAACGAAAACACUUGAAGAACACAUUUCCAAGUUGAUAUCAGACAAUGAAGCAGUAGUGGAUGAUAAACAGCUGGAUAGUGUAAAACCUAGAAGAACAUCUCUUUCGAGGAGAGGGAGCAUAGACUCACCAAAACCAUAUACAUUUAAAGAUUCAUUCCAAUUUGAUCUACGGCCACUUCAUUCUGGAAGGAGAACAAGUUCCAGUUCUGAUAUACCCAAGUCCCCCUUUACACCUACUGACAAGUCGAAGCAAGUGUUUCUUUUAUCAGUUCCUCCUCCUUUUCCUUCCCUUGAUUGUUUACCAAUUACUCGAAGUAACUCAAUGCCAGCUACUCCAGCAUACUCUGCUAUACCUGCAAAUACAGUGACUGCAGCACACCCGCUUCGAGAGAGCCAGUCAUUUGAUGAUAAAAUUGGUGGUUCAUUUAGCGAUGAUGUCUUUGUUCCUGGGCCACUUACACCUCCACAACUUGCUCAUCCCCGAACUCUUGUCAGGCAGACUGCAGUAGAGGAUCAAUCUACUAGUGAAGGACAGAGCUUUGCUUCCACACGCUCUAUGGAUGAGGGUUGUUAUAGCAGUAAUGUAGCUAGGGUUUUGAUGCCAAGAAGCAAGUCAUUUGAGCAUGGGUUGCGUAUGCAGGAAAAUAUUAAAAAAUCACAAGGACGAGGGUCAAUGUAUGAAUGCGAAACUUGCAGAAACAGAUAUAGAAAGCUGGAGAACUUUGAAAAUCACAAGAAAUUCUACUGUUCAGAGCUCCAUGGGCCAAAAAUUAAACCAGCAAUCACAAAAGAUUCAGAACACGAAGCAGCAUCACGCAGCAUGCCACCACAGUUGCUACAUUACAAGGUAAUUGGAACAACAAGCGUGCUCCAGCAACCACCUAAGAUGAGGAAAAGGAGAAAAAUUAAAAGUAUUGGUGAUGAUGAUGAAGCAUUAACCAGUGAAGAUCCUAGAAAAAAAACUGUGAAUAAGCAAUCUUUAUCAGAUCAGAAGUUAAGUACUACUGUCUCUGGUAUGCCCUACAGGAGUAAUGCAAGCAGUGACACCAAACAGGCAGCUGUCAGUAUAAAGAGUUUACAAGGACAAUAUUUACAUGCAGGCAGCCUGGAACAUUCCCUGGAGCCAUCAGUAUCUUUUAGUAAUGAAAUUCAAACAAAAACAUUUCACUAUCCAUUGCAAGAAAAAGGAGAGUUAAGUCGGACUAGCAGUGGAGUGUCUGUAAUUCAACACACAAAUUCUUUGAGUAGGCCUAGUUCAUUUGAGAAAUCUGAAUCUGUUGACAGAAUUUCUCCUGUGCAAGAAAACGAAACUCACAAUGAAACUGUGCAGCUUUCUGUAUUUGUGGCUGGUAAAGAAGACACUUGUUGCCAAUCCACAGGUUGUCAACAGCAAUCUAAAACUUCUGGAACAUUGAGAGUACCAGCAUUUGAAACUUCAAGACCAUCACUUGUUGAUUGCACUCCCUUACAGCAGUUAAGACUGGUGCGUCAACAUAAUAUCCAGGUUCCUGAGAUUUUGGUCACAUUAGAACCAGACGAGGAACAGGACACACAAGGAAAUGAGCAGGAAAAAGUGACAGAAACAUUUCAUUGGCCUCAACGCAGUGAGACACUUUCAAAACUCCCAACGGAAAAGCUCCCACCAAAAAAGAAAAGAAUCCGCUUGGCUGAGAUGGAACAUUCAUCCGGUGAAUCCAGCUUUGAGUCAACAAUGUCGAGGACUUUUAGUCGGGACAGCAGUUUAUCUUGUUCCAGUUUCUCAGCUUCUUUUGAUAAGGAGGAUGUUUCAAGGACUGAGAGCCCUUCAAAGGUGGAAGCAACUUGUAAAUCAUCUGAGCUGAUGCUGGUUAAUUGCUCAAAUACACUUGGUGUUCCCAAUCUACAUUCCGGAGAAAUGAGACGUGCUGCAUCUGAACAUAGUAGUUGUGUGCUACCAUCUGUGGAGGCCACUGCAGGAAUUCGUAGCAAAUCGUUUGAUUGUAACAUCGUAUCCACAUCAAGAUCUACAUUGCCUGAAGAUUCUAUGGAAAUGAUUUCAACCAUGGCUUCUGAAAUAGUAGCUUCUGGCUCUGUCUCACUUAUUGAAAGAAGAAGAGGUCCUCUUUUACGACAAAUGUCUUUGAGUAUUGGCCCAGAUAUUUCUCAACCUCCAGUUUUGCCUUCUAAUUUAUUUAAACAAAAUCUGACUCUGCAAGUAGCUGCCCUACCACAACUUAAAAGCUCUUUAGCCUAUAGAUCAUCACCUGUAUCGUUUUUAACUUCACAGCAUCAGUUAUCUUGCAUGGCACAAAUUCGACACCUAGUGCAGCAGGUCCCACAAUCUUCAAUACAAGUCGCAAAUGUAAACAAUCAAAUCCAUGUCCAGGCGCCUUCUGCUCAGAAACCAUAUCCAGUUACUCAAGGAAACCUAAAAGCACUACCUGCAAAAAUAGCAACAACUCACAUAGCCCAACAGAAAAUGUAUCCAGUUAUAUCUCUUCCUUCUGCAACUCAAGGUAAUAUAUUUGCUCCUAAAUAUCAGCUUCAGCUUGUUCAGAAACAACCCUGUCAGCCAUGUUUGCUUCCUAAUGUUACAUCCCAACUGCCAGUUAUCCCCCUAUCUAUUCCUGUUACUUUUGGAUCAAGUGUGGUAACUUCAAAUAUUUCUAGCCAGUCAUUGGAGAUCAUCUCAAGUUUGUAUUUGCUCCCUCCUGUCCAACAUAUCCAUUCUGGCAUGUCACCCGCUCUUGCUUCUCUGGUCAUGCCUGUUGGAAUCCAAAGUAAGAAACCUAUUUAUAACACCUCUUCCCUUACAACAUUACCACAAAUUUUAGUCACACAAGACCAGACAAACCAGCCAGCUCUAGUGAUUUGUAAACUUGAUGAUUCAGUAAAUUCAACCACUGAUGAGGAAAUGUCUUCAGGAUCAAAGGACUACCUGGAAGUCCAACAAAGUAAAAUAAACUCUAAAAUGAAGAUGUCUGCUAUUUCUGAAUAUUGUAAUUCCCAUGAUGAAAGCAGAAGUUCACUUGUACAGGGUGAUUUGAAAAUGCCAUCAGGUGGUUUACUUGCACAAGAAACUACAGUAACUAGUAAACGCAUGCUAUCUCCUGCAAACAGUUUAGAUAUAGCAAUGGAAAAACACCAGAAACGGGUAAAAGAUGAAAAUGGAUCUGCCAGCACUGGUAAUAUAGCAACAGUACAGUUACACAGCAUGAAAUCUGUUGAAACUAAUAAACUUAAGAAGCCCAUGUUAAUGAGGCAGUUUUGUACAACAGAUGAAAUUGAAGGUUCAUUGCCUGUUGAGCAACAAAGUACUCCGAAAAACAGUCCUCAAGCCUUAGAACUCAAUAGCUCACCAAAAAAGCCCCUUCAUGAGCUGCCACUAUCUUGCCAGGGUAAACAUCUGUUAGUUGCAAAAAAUGUUUUGGAGUCUGAAAGUUCAAAACAUUCUCACUCCACUUCCAGCACUAUUAUUCAAAAGUCGCAUAUAACUGUAUGCUCUAGUUCUCCUCAAGCACAUACCACCCUAUCAAAGUCGCUCACUAAUAUACAGGAUAAUAAGUCGCCAUUGAGUAAUGACCAAAUGCAGCCAGCAAGCAACCAAGGCCGAUUACAAGUAGGAGCUUCCUUUCCAAUCACAAGUACACGAGAUGUACAACAUGCAUCACUUCCAACUCUGAAGACGUCAACAAGUUUUAGUUGGUGUUACCUGACGAAGCGCAAGCCUUUACACGUACAACAAAUGGACAAAAAAGUCUCUGCAUAUGCUACUUGGCCUGUCAGUCCUAACUGUCCCAAUCCACUCGGUCUACCAACAAAAGUUGUACUUGGUCUUCUCAAUUCAAUGCAGAAGAACAAAAAAAUGACAUAUACAGAAGCAAAAGCUACCCUGCUUCAUUCUGUCAUAUUGGUACCUUCAAGCAAGUGGAAAGCUACUAAAUCCAAGGCACUGAGCAGUCGAAUACCUGCAAUCAGCGAACACAACAGUAAAGACAAGUAUGAAAAUCAAGAAGUUAACGAUCCCGAUAAAGAGCAUGCAGUAAUUGAACCAAGGCGAAUCAGGAUCUUCGAUGGGGGAUAUAAAUCAAAUGAAGAAUAUGUGUAUGUUCGGGGCCGUGGGAGGGGAAAAUACAUAUGUGAGGAAUGUGGAAUACGUUGCAAGAAGCCGAGUAUGUUGAGAAAACACAUUCGCACCCAUACUGACCUUCGACCUUAUCACUGCAACUACUGCAACUUCUCCUUUAAAACAAAAGGAAACCUGACCAAGCACAUGAAGUCCAAAGCUCAUAGCAAGAAGUGCAUGGAAAUGGGAGUGGCAACGGCUCCAUUUGAAGAUCAAGACACCGAUGAGUCAGGUGACAAAUCGAAGGGUGGACAUGAGUGUCUCUACUCCGAUGCUGAAGAUUCCGAUGGUCAGGAUGAGGAAGACUAUGAAAUUGAGGAUGAUGAUGAAGACAGUCAAGGGGAAACAGGGUUAUCAGCCACUCCUUCAGUAACAGCUAGCCCUCAGCACAACCUACAGAGAAACGACCAGUUUGGUACUUUGACUGCUGCCUCUGCCUCUCUGGCUGGUGAGGUGGUAAGGACAGCAAAGGAUUCUGUUGUGCAGACCAACAACCUUGAGGUAGUGUCUUCUGUUUUGCUUACACAGAACGCUGGUGAUGCUGAAACUGACACAGUCAAAUCUAAAUUCUCACCAAUCCAUGCAAAUGAAGAGGAGAAAGCCAUGUCCACUGAAGCUAGAGGUACAGUACCUAAGGUUGGCCAUAAGUCUUCUGGUCACCAGGUGAUGUCUGAUAAUCAAAAUGUGCAAGAAAAUCUUGGAAAGAAAACCAUAGCUGAUUCAAAGAAGAUCCCUUCAUCCAUCAGCCUGUCCCCACACAUGCAAAAAGCAGGGCUAGUUGUUUCCACUUCUUCCCUGUCUAGCCCAAGCAAGUUGGACAGUCAGCAACAAAGGCAGCAGUUAGAGCAUCAAGGACUGUUGGGAGAGGAGCCUCCUUUACAUCUCUUCAGCCACUUGCCUCUUCACUCUCAGCAGCAGGUCAAGACACCAUAUAACAUGGUCCCUGUGGGUGGUAUCCAGUUAGUUCCUGCAGGUUUAACUGCUUGCUCCACUUUUGUACCAAUCCAGGCACAACAAAUACAACUUACCCUCCCAGCCGUUGAUGUUAUUCACCAGACAACUAGCCCUCUUAGUGAAGAUACCGUGGAAACAACUGGCAACAUAAAACCGUUGGAUGUUUCAGAGACAAACAAGAUUUUGCCAUGUAUUACUUUGGGCCAAGUGAACCUAUCUGGUUUGCAGAGUACAAACAGCUUGAAUUUUCAAACUGUUAACACUUUGGGUCUAGAGUCAUUAAACCUUUUAGGUUUGGCAGGUUCAAAUAUAGGCCCAAAGAUGUGCCCUUCCAGCCUUUCAUUUAACACUGUUGGCCUUCAAGUGUUGACCACAAACCCACAGACUCAAAGUACACCAUGCCUACAAACUUUUGUUCCUGGAGAGCAAAUCAUGAAAUCCACAUUGCCUACUCUUGUGCCAUCCAUCAACACAGGGGCAGAAGGUCAAACAAGUAUUGAGAUGCACUGUACAAGCAAACCUUGUGCAACUAGGACCGAACAGACACCAGUUAGCCUUCCUGUUACAGUUCAUGUUGAUCAGGUCACCUGCACACUAUUCUCUCAGGUUUCUCCUCCAAUUCAGGCAUGUGGCCUGAAAGAUUUGUCAGACACUAUGGACUGGAAACAUGGACAACCAAAUAAAAUUGACAAAGCGGAGGCAUGUUCCAGUAAAACCAGCUAUCUAGAGGCAUGCAAUAACAAAACAACUGCAAGGGCUGUGGCAAACUCUGACUUGAGGCACUUAAAGACAAACUCUGAGGUGGUCAAUAAAUCUCUUAUUCAGACUGUUCCUCCAGAAAAAAACAGAGGGAAUCCUGCAGCAACUGUACAAGCUACUGUCCAUUACAGCGACGUCAGCAGUGAUGAUGAAGAUAGACUAGUGAUAGCAACAUAAAAUAAUUGCAGGAUCCUUUUAGUGCAGCUAUCACUUAACCUUUUAAAAAGAAAUGAACAUACUUCAUGAUUUCUUACCAAACAAGCUCUCUUCCCUUGAAAGCACAUUUUUUGAUGUAGAUAUUAUGUUUGUGCAAUUGUAAACUAAGACCAACUUAGGAGAAAGAUGUCUUAUUGUUCCUUGUCUGCUCCAGCCAUUUUUGUACAUGUUGUAUAAACAAUUGUGCCUUUCAGAUUUCUUGCUUAGGAACUGUACAGAUGAAAAUAUAAAAAGUAGUUGCUUGUGCUUAUUAAUUUUUUUUAAAAAUUUUACAAUGUGUAGUGUCAUAGUAAGGAAAAUAACUACAUGUUGCACUGAUAUUGUAAAUUUCUAUGGCUAUGGGGCAGUCUCUUGUGUACAGGCAUAAAUUGUAUACCAGUUCAUAUUUAUUGUAUCCAUUUUUUGAUCUAUGAUCGGUUCUUUCUUGCUGGGAGCAGGUUUACAUUCAGGAAAACUAUCUCUCCAGAAUAAACACAGUCAUGUAUAA